AUGCCGGUUAAAAUUUAUCACGACGAAGAUACUGAUAUAACCAUUGUGCAGAGUAAAGUUGUAAGCUUUAUUGGAUACGGAAACCAAGGUCGCGCGCAAGCAUUGAAUUUACGUGAUAGUGGCGUAAAUAAUAUCGUCAUCGGCAAUAUUGAUGAUGAUUAUGCUAAACAAGCACGUGAAGAUGGAUUCAGUCCAGUAAGCAUUGAAGAAGCAACUCGUCAAGGUGAUAUUCUUAUGUUACUUAUUCCUGAUGAAGAUCAACAAACAGUUUGGAACGAGAAAAUUCGUGGCAAUAUUAAACCAAAUAGUACAUUAGUUGUUGCAAGUGGAUAUAAUGUUGCAUUUAAUUUACUGACUAUACCUGAUGACAUGGAUGUUGUUAUGGUUGCACCGCGUAUGAUUGGUGCCGGUGUACGUGAUCGUUAUGUUCAGCACAUUCCGUAUCCAUGUUUUGUAUCCGUUGAAAAAGAUCCUAGUGGCACAGCCUUAGCUACGUGUCUUUCAAUUGCAUCUGCUAUUGGUGCCACGCGCGGUAACGGAGCUGUAGGCUCGUCAUGUCGUGAAGAAGCCGGUAUUGAUUUAUUUGCAGAGCAAGCCCUUUGGCCUGAAAUUAUGGCAGUAUUUCGUGAAGGUUUUAAUGUUUUACGUGAGGCAGGAUUUUCCGAGGAAGCCAUUUUAUUUGAUAUGUAUUUAAGUAAAGAACCGGCUGAAAUUUUUGAACGCGCUGCUGAUGAAGGCUUUGUUAAACAAUUGAAAUAUCAUUCACGAACAAGCCAAUAUGGCCAAUUGUCAACAAUGAAUCGCCAUGAUGGAAAAGAUAUCCGCGAAAAAUUCCAUCAUAUUCUUCAUGAUAAUAUUCUAUCGGGUAAAUUUGCCGAGAAAUGGUCAAAUACAAAAUGGGCUGCCGAAGAGCUCGCUAAAGAAUGGAAAGAAGUUGAAAAUGCGCCAAUUGUUCAAGCUGAUGAACGUGUACGAGACGUUAUAAAACCGGACAGAAAAAAAUAA